GGUAGAUUCUAUGGAUGCAAGUAAGAGUGGCUCUCAAGGAGUACAAGAUACUAACACUGCAUUGGUAGCUGUUUCAACAUUUGAUUACAAACAUGCAACAUCUAGAAACUCACAGCACCACCAAGCAGAUGCAAUCUCAGAGAACAUUGCUGAGACAAGUGUACAUGAUUCAUCAGUGGCAGAGAGCAAGCUCAGCUGUAUGGAUACAAAUGCUAGCAGCUUAAAUGGAGAACAAGAUGCUAAUAUAACAUCAGUUGUUGGUUCAACCUGUGAUUACAAACAUACAUCUAAAGCCUCACAGCACGAUCAGGCUGUUGUGUUCUCAGACAACAUCAAUGUCGAAAGGACUCUGGAUGGGAGCCAAAAUCUCGUUGAAGACGGUGGAGGAAGAGCUGAACUAGGUCAUACUAAUCUGCAAGUUGAAAUUCCAUGUACAAUUGGUGCUUUAUCAGGGAUGCCCUGUGACAGUGAUGCACAAUCUAGCAAGGAGAAUCAGGAAUUUUCUUGUAAAAUGCUCAAGCCUUCUUUAACCAGUCAGCCAGCUAAUCCAUUGAAAAAGCCAAUUCAGAACAUAAAAGAGCCUCUUAUGAAAUUCCCACAACCUUCAGUUCAGUUAAAGAAACCUGAAUGUUCCAUCCCAAAGGCGUCAAUCCAGGCAACUUUGUCGUCAUUUACUAGUAAUCAUAUGAGCUCUGCUCUACCAAGUCUAGUUCAAGCAAGGAGUGGUGAUACGACUCAAAGUGAGAAAAAAUUAUCAUUGCAAUGUUCUAAAACACUACUGAGGGGGAUUAUUCCCCAGAUUCAGAGCCAGAAAAGCUGCAGUCCUCUAAAGAUUAAUGGUAUGGAAACCAAUCAUAACCCAGCAGAAAGCAGUGAAAAUCCAAAAUUAUUAGCAUCUAUACUGUCAAAUAAAAACACUCCUGUGCAAGUUGAUAGAACUUCUGCUAUCGAAGGUGGUAGGAAGCUCCCUGAUACACCUGCACUGAAACUCUCGAGACUAAGCAUUGAUUCGACAAAGCCACCAAUUUUGACAAAGAGCAGACCAGUUGAAAGCAGUAGUCAGAAAAGUGUUUCAGUUAGCAAAUCGCCACUUGGUACUGCUAAUCUUUGGGACAAGUGUAAGCCAAUGACUUCUACUCUAUCUGUGAAGCGGACACUAGAGGACGACACUGCAGAUACUAGUGCCCUCCUUCCAGCUAAACGUCUUUCGCCACAAGUACCUAGGAGCAGGAGUUUCGUGGAAACAUCAGAAAAGGUUCUGGACAAAAAGUCACCCAUCAACCGCAUGAAAGAUGAUCGCAUCAAAAGCACGACCAGCAACUGCCAAGUUGUUCCACUUGUCAUCUCCCAUGAAUUCAAGACUAAAGGAUUAGAGAUAACAUCCUCGACAAGAGAUGAUAGCAAUAUUAAACUGGCGAAUGCUUACAGCAAGGAACUUGAUGACCUUUGCGAUCUCCUCAACAAGAAAAGUGAUGAAGCCAAAGAACUCCUGGCUCGAUCAGUAUUGAACAGCAAUAAGCUGAUGAUGCUCAAUGUUCCCCUGUUGGAGGAGAAGAUCCGUGCAACGCAGAAAUCGUUUGCCAGGUUAACACUCGGCAGCAACAAAGGUUGAAAUCAUCAAGUUGUUUUUCAUAUGAAGGUAGCAGCAUUAUCAAUGACUUUGGAGAAA